CAGGGGCUGGUGGCUGCCGACGCCGGGGUCCCGAGGCAUGGUGGGGGCGGGGCCGGGGGAGGUGUGCACCGAGCAGGCUAGGGCGACCCUUGCCCUGGCCCCAUGAGCUGGGACUCGACAGACUGCACCAGCACCAAAGCGUCUACCAUGUGCCAGCCCCAGGGCUAGAAGAGUACAUCGCGGUGACUGAAGUAGACCUGGUUACUUCCAGUAGAGAGCGUACAGUUCAACGAGGAGACUCAAACAUUAAACACAACCAUGCAAGCGAACGUGUAAAUAAAAAGUGUGACAGAAUACUAGAGAAAGAACAAGAAAAAGAUGAGUCCGUUAGAGAUGUUAUAAUGGAUCAUCAUGUUUCCACAAUUAAACCUCGAAGAAUCCAAAAUCAAAAUGUCAUUCACCGCUUAGAGCGCCGGCGCAUCAGUUCAGGCAAGGCAGGGACCCACUGGCAUCAGGUCCGAGUGUUCCACCAGAAUGUCUUCCCCAAUUUCACAGUUGUCAACGUUGAAAAGCCUCCUUGUUUCUUGCGUAAAUUCUCCCCUGAUGGGCGCUACUUUAUUGCUUUUUCAUCUGACCAGACGUCUCUUGAAAUCUAUGAGUACCAGGGCUGUCAGGCAGCAGAGGACCUCUUGCAGGGAUAUGAAGGGGAGAUCUUGUCCAAUGGCAAUGACCAGAGGUCCGUCAGCAUCCGAGGCCGGCUCUUUGAGCGUUUCUUUGUUCUGCUGCACAUUACCAAUGUAGCGGCCAAUGGCGAGCACUUGAACCGGGAGUGUAGUCUCUUCACAGAUGACUGCCGCUGUGUCAUCGUGGGCUCUGCUGCCUACCUCCCAGAUGAACCUCACCCUCCUUUCUAUGAGGUGUAUCGGAACAGCGAGUCUGUGACCCCCAACCCACGGUCCCCUCUUGAGGACUAUUCCCUCCACAUCAUUGACCUUCACACUGGCCGUUUGUGUGACACACGCACAUUCAAGUGUGACAAAGUGGUCUUGUCACACAAUCAAGGGCUAUACUUGUACAAAAACAUCCUGGCCAUACUGUCUGUGCAGCAGCAGACUAUUCAUGUCUUCCAGGUGACUCCUGAAGGCACGUUUAUUGAUGUUCGGACCAUUGGCCGCUUCUGCUAUGAGGAUGACCUGCUCACCGUGUCUGCCAUUUUCCCUGAGGUGCAGCGGGACAGCCAGACAGGCAUGGCCAAUCCUUUCAGGGACCCCUUCAUCAACUCCCUGAAGCACCGGUUGCUGGUUUAUCUCUGGCGCAGGGCAGAGCAGGAUGGUAGUGCCAUGGCAAAGAGGCGCUUUUUCCAGUACUUUGACCAGCUGCGGCAGCUGCGCAUGUGGAAGAUGCAGCUCCUGGAUGAGAACCAUCUAUUCAUCAAAUACACCAGCGAGGACGUAGUGACGCUGCGGGUCACAGACCCAUCUCAGGCCUCCUUCUUUGUGGUAUACAACAUGGUGACAACAGAAGUGAUUGCCGUGUUUGAGAACACGUCGGAUGAGCUUCUAGAACUCUUUGAGAACUUCUGUGAUCUCUUUCGCAAUGCCACCCUGCACAGUGAAGUCCAGUUCCCUUGCUCAGCUUCUAGCAACAACUUUGCAAGGCAGAUCCAGCGCCGGUUCAAAGACACAAUUAUAAAUGCCAAGUAUGGAGGGCACACGGAGGCUGUGCGCCGACUGCUAGGCCAGCUCCCCAUCAGUGCCCAGUCUUACAGUGGGAGCCCAUACCUGGAUUUGUCUCUCUUCAGCUACGAUGACAAGUGGGUGUCAGUCAUGGAGCGACCCAAGACUUGUGGAGAUCACCCGAUCAGGUUCUAUGCCCGAGACUCUGGCUUGCUGAAGUUUGAGAUCCAGGCGGGCUUGCUGGGCCGCCCCAUCAACCACACAGUGCGACGCCUCGUGGCCUUCACCUUUCACCCCUUUGAGCCAUUUGCCAUUUCUGUGCAGAGGACUAAUGCAGAGUAUGUUGUCAACUUCCACAUGCGACACUGCUGCACCUAGUCACCUCAUUACAAUCAUGCUGUCCAGGACUCUUCCCCUGCUUUGCUCAGUGGACAAUAAAGCAAAAGCUGCUAGCUGCCUGCUUUCGUCGGUUUUCCAGAAUGGUGUACUUCACCUACAACAGAGCCUGAGAGAGAGGAUGGGGUGCAACCUGGUGGGACUGUUUUCCUCUUACCAAGAUGAUCAUUUUUAAAGUUGUCAUGCUUUUCCCUUUGAGAACACCUAGCAUUAAAUCCAUUCUAUUUUGUUUACUUAGCAUUUUAUGUCUGUGGAGCUAGAAGCAUUUACACCUUUCCCCCUUGAUGUCACUCUUCGGCAUUAUGGUGUGAAGCCUGCAGCAGGUAAAUCAUGUUUACUCUUGAGAAUUAUGUACUCUUUUUCCAUUCCCUCAACAAGCAGGGCUAUCUUUUUAAGAGAAAAUAAAGCCUUGGUAUUUUCUUAGGA